AUGCCGCAGUUUUUCGGCAUCGAGAUCCCCAAGGGCCAGUCCAAGAAGUUCGCCGCGGACGAGGGCGACGCCAUCGUCGUGUGCCAGGCCGCGCUCGGCCUGAAACCGAAGCAGGACGAGCGCGUCACCGUGUUCGUGAAGACGGCGGACUCCCCCGAGCUCGCCAUCGGCACGCUGCGCAUGGGAUCGUGCGAUCAGUUCUCGCUCGGGACGGGGCUCACGUUCAGCAGCGGCGAGACCGUGACCGUGAGGCACACCGGGUCCACGAGCGUGUUCUUGACCGGAAGGAUCGAGGACGACUUCGACGACGACUUCCCGAUGAGCGACAGCGACGGCGAGGGCGACGACGGGAAGCCGUCCGAGCCGCCCGCGAAGGCGGCGAAGGCGAAGGCGAAGGCGGCGCCGGCGCCGGCGCCGGCGGCGGCCGAGUCGGAGUCGGAGUCGGAGUCGGAGUCGGAGUCCGAGGACGGGGACGCGCCGUCGGACGACAGCGACGAGAGCGAGUCCGACGACGCGGAGGACCCGAAAGAGAAGACGAAGAAGCUCGCCGCGGCGGCGGCCGCGGCGAAGCCCGCGGACGACGCGUCCGAUUCCGAGGAGGAUGACGAAUCGGAAGAAGAAGAAGGCGAAGACUCGGAGGACGACGCGAGCGACGACUCGUCCUCCGACGAGGAGGACGAGGGUAAGCCGUCCGCGGCGAAGAAGCCCCCCGCCAGCGCGUCGAAGAAGCCGCCCACGCCCGCCGCCGAGUCCGAGUCCGAGUCCGAGUCCGAGUCCGAAGAGGACGACGACGACGACGACGACGACGACGACGACGACGACGACGACGACGACGACGACGACGACGACGACGACGACGACGACGACGACGACGACGACGACGACGACGACGACGACGACGACGACAAGGACGCGCCGGCGCCGACGGGCGGCGACUCCGACUCCGACUCCGAGGAGGACGACGAGUCCGACUCCGAGGAGGACGGCAGCGACGACAGCGACGGCAGCGACAGCGACAGCGACGACGAGAAGCCCGGGGAGAAGAGGAAGGCGUCUGGCGGCGGCGGCCGAGGCGGGGGGACCCCCAAGACGGCGAAAGUCGCGGACGGACGCUCGGGCGGCGGCGGUCGCGGCGGCGGCGGCGGCGGCGGGCGCGGCGGGUUCUCUCCCGGCGGUCGCGGCGGUCGCGGCGGGUUCUCUCCCGGCGGUCGCGGCGGGCGCGGCGGGUUCUCUCCCGGCGGUCGCGGCGGGCGCGGCGGGCGCGGCGGCGGUGGAAGAGGGUUCUCCCCGGGCGGCAGAGGCGGCGGCGGCAGAGGGCGCGGGCGGUAUUGA